CCUCCACUGAAAUCUGUUGAUUUUCAAAGGCGGAAACUUUAUUGAGACACCAUCUAACGCGAACAUGAAGUGGCUACUGCUACUCUGCCUGUGUGUCUAUGCUGUCCGUUGUCAAGACGACUACGACGAAUAUGACACGGGUGAUCAGACUGAUCCCAAAACAGUGGUGGACCCUCGCGGCCACCGACCCUUGUCCAAGGGGCGUGAGACCUACUCCCCCGCCCGCAACAACCCCGCUCCCAUCAGUGGUGGUGGCCGUUACCAGGGGCGACCCACGGAGGCUCCCGCCAGAGGCACAGAGCAGGAGAAGGAAGAGCAACCGGAAGCUGGGGGAUGUACACAUGCCUCUGAACAGAUGGGGGUGCUGUGUCCUACAGGCUGUGAGCUGAAGACGGCCAUACUGAAACAAGAGAGGAACGUAAAGGAGGAAGUCAGGAGGAUGCAGAAGGAUGUUGACGACCUGUCGAGAUCCUCUAACACCAUCUAUAACUACGUAGAUGGAAUGUCCGACGCGCUGAGAGAGAGACAGCUGGUUAGCAACGAGAAUGGUGACCUGGUGAGUCAGUACACAGAUGACUUGGAGACCCAGCAUGUUUAUGCAAAGGAGGCAAUAGACACCGUGUUCCCAUCUAACAUCAGGAUCCUGCAGGGAGUCCUGGAGAAGAUCCGCAUGAAGAUCCAGAGAGUAGAGAAGGCCAUCCUGGCCCAGAGAGACGAAUGCAGGGAGCCGUGCACCGUCUCCUGCCCCAUACCUGUUGUCUCUGGUAAGGAGUGUGAGGACAUCUACAGGAAAGGAGGAAGGGAUUCUGGGAUGUAUCUGAUCCAGCCUGACUCCUUCUACCAGCCCUACAAGGUCUACUGUGACCAGACCACUCAGAUUGGAGGCUGGACCACUAUUCAGAACAGGAUGGAUGGUUCUGUAGAUUUCGGCCGGCGUUGGGACAACUACCGCAGCGGUUUCGGGAAUAUCGCCUUCGACGUCGGGAAGGGACACUGCAACACUCCAGGGGAGUACUGGCUGGGUAACGAACGCAUCAGUCAGCUGACCAAGCAGGGUCCCACUGAGGUCCUCAUGGAGAUGGAGGAUUGGUCUGGCAACAAGGUCCACGCCCAGUACAAACAGUUUACUAUACAGAGUGAGGCGUCCAAAUAUGUGAUGGCGAUCAACGGGUACUCUGGUACGGCCGGCAACGUGAUGCUGGAGGGAGCUACGGAGCUGUCUGGAGAGAACCGGACCAUGACCAUCCACAACGGAAUGAUGUUCAGCACCUACGACAGAGACAACGAUAACUGGACUCCAGGUGACCCGUCCAAGCAGUGCUCCCGCGAGGACGGCGGUGGCUGGUGGUACAACAGGUGUCACUCAGCCAAUCCCAACGGCCGUUACUACUGGGGCGGGGCUUACACCCGGUACAUGGCAAAACACGGGACGGAUGACGGCAUGGUGUGGAUGAACUGGAAGGGAUCCUGGUACUCUCUCAAAGCCAUCUGCAUGAAGAUCAGGCCCUACUUCGCCUCGCGGUAGACACACACAGGGACACACACACAGGGACACACACAGAGACACACACAGGGACACACACAGGGACACACACACAGGGACACACACACAGGGACACACACAGGGACACACACAGGGACACACACAGGGACACACACACAGGGACACACACACAGGGACACACACAGGGACACACACACAGGGACACACACACAGGGACACACACAGGGACACACACACAGGGACACACACAGGGACACACACACAGGGACACACACAGGGACACACACACAGGGACACACACAGGGACACACACAGGGACACACACAGGGACACACACACAGGGACACACACAGGGACACACACAGGGACACACACACAGGGACACACACAGGGACACACACAGGGACACACACAGGGACACACACACAGGGACACACACACAGGGACACACACAGGGACACACACACAGGGACACACACAGGGACACACACACAGGGACACACACAGGGACACACACAGGGACACACACAGGGACACACACACAGGGACACACACAGGGACACACACAGGGACACACACACAGGGACACACACAGGGACACACACAGGGACACACACAGGGACACACACACAGGGACACACACAGGGACACACACACAGGGACACACACACAGGGACUGAGCGGCACCCUACUAACUGAGCAUGUGUUGUUCUUCUGUGAGUGAUUGUGUGCUGUGUGUUUGUCUUUGGGACAAGUAUAUGUAGAAGUAUAUAUAUAUAUAUAUAUGUAUAUAAAGUAUACAAGUAGAUAUUAGCAGAGGACUGUCCCUUACUAUACUCAAUAAAAACAUAUUGAGGAACCUA